ACGCCCUGUUUGUAGCAAGAUGCUCAUCAAAUUCUUGCUUUUCUCUCUCGCUCUAACUGUUGUAGCAUCUCAGAAUCCUUAUAACUGCAGUGAAACGGUAGCUGCGCUAGUUGUUAACUAUGUAACUUUUUACACCAAGUUUUACUACAGCUGUGGCUGGUUUGGAGCUGCAGUCUGUGAAAAGACACAAUCUUAUCUUGGAUCCUUUGGCACGUACAUGACUGAAAUUCACUGCUGUCCAGGUUAUGGAGGCCUGAAUUGCACAGCUAAAUGCGAAUCACCUCAAUGCAAUGACAAUGAGAUAUGCAUUGCUCCUAAUCACUGUGGCUGCAUUGAAGGCUGGACUGGCUAUCGCUGCUUAACAGACAUUGAUGAGUGCUCACUACUGACUGACGAGUGUGAGCUGAGGUCUUCUUGCAACAAUACUGAUGGAGGGUAUCUCUGCUCCUGUAAUUAUCCAGACGUACUUGCUAGUGAUGAUAGAAGAUGUCUAAGUCCUGCAAGUAACUUUUCAGCUACUCCUAAUCGAAGGAGCAUCAGUCUCUCCUGGUCUCCUCCAUUUAAUUACACUGCUGAUGGAGAUAUUGAUCAGUACAACGUCUAUUGCAACAUUACUGGUAGCCAUGAUAGUAAAACUAUCAAAGAAAAUGGAAUAUACACUAAAAACCUUUCCGCUAGUUUGUUUCCUUUAAGCCCAUUCACUAAUUACAGCUGCUGCAUUGAAGUGCUUUGGACUAAUGGAGACGUUAGUGAAAGCAGCUGUGUUGAUGUGCGGACACUAGAAGACUCUCCUGAUGACCCACCACAAAACAUUACUGUGGAAAGUGUUGAUGCAAUGAAUUUGCUGUUAAGUUGGCAGCCACCACAACAAACGAAUGGGAUCAUCUCUAGUUACACUAUAAAUAUCGACUAUACCAAUCACAGCAAGAUAUUCAGUGUGAUGGUGGACAGGGAUAUUGAGUUCUUUAUUCUCGGGUUCCUCUAUCCAUACCAGCUGGUUGGUGUCAGUAUGGCCGCCAGUACUGGAGGAGGCCUAGGACCUUUCUCUGACUUUGAAUUUAAUCGGACAAAGCAAAGCUCACCAGGUACAGUCCAUAAUUUAAACAUUGCUGUCCUCAGUCAAAAUUCUAUUAAUGUCACUUGGCAUCCACCAAAGUCUCUUAAUGGAAUCAUUAUCAGUUAUCACAUAUUCUUACUAUCAACCUCACAGCAGCUCAGGGAAUGGAGCUUGACUGCUGAAGAUGAUUUAUACGUAAUUGUCCAUGAUUUAGAGCCUUAUUCUCCAUACCAAGUUGAAGUGAAAGCAGCUACUACUGUAGCUAGAGGUGCUUCUGCUCCUUUCAGAUUCUUCACUGAUCAAAGAAUACCUGGCAUGUCUCCAUCGCUUACUUCAGACACAGGGCGUCUGACCCCAACAACCAUACUGUUCUCAUGGACUAGAUUUACUGAUGAAGAUGCAGGUGGAUUCUUGCAGUACUACACCGUAUCUUACCAAAGGAAAUGUGAUGAAAAUGAAGAAGUGCUCAUCAAUACAACAGAUACUAGUAUACAGCUGCAUGAUCUUAAUCCAUUGGAGGGCUACUGCUUCAAAGUAGCAGCUGUAACUAUAAAAGGAACCGGCCCAUUCUCUACACCUGUUUCUCUUGAAGCUUUUUCUAGCAGUGAAUUCUAUUUUCAUCUCACUAGUGUGUAUGAUUGUUUAAAAUGGACACAGUCAAGUAGAAACUCAGAUAGUAUUGUAUCUACAAUUAAAGAGAAGCUUACAAUUGUUGUCAAUGAGAAUUGCCAGUGUGGUGUACAGCCAUCUUACUUUCAGCUUAACUUUACCUGUGAUGGUGCUAACACUAAUCGUGUAACUGUUCAAGGAAAGUUAGUUAGAACCAGAGAUUACAACAGCAAUGAAUUAACCAUGUUCAUCAAUAACUGGACCAACUUCACUUCAAUCAUUGUGUUGGAUGGCGUCCAGUUCUCUCUCUCGAAUUGUGACUCCAAUCCUACUGCUUGUCAAUCAGCAUCAAUUGGAACUCAAACCACUGAAAAUUCUUCUUCUUCUUCUUCUACUGCUCUCUCUGUUUCUCUUGGGGUCAUAAUAUCAUCAAUAAUAACAUUGGGACUCUUCUUUGGAGCUACUGCUUUAAUUCUGUACAUCCUCAAAAAGAGAGAAAAACGUGGACCAUCAAAUAAAAGUAAGGACAUUUCUCAACUUCAAAAUACAAAUAUAUACAGUGUUACUAAUCCUAUACCAGAGGAUGAACUCGAGGAUAAUUUAGACGAUGAUUUUGCUGAUGCAGAAAAGUUAUGUGAAGCAUCAGAAGAAGAGAAAUCUGAUUAUUCCCAAUGAUAUAACAGCUCAAUAAUGUUUAAUGUAAUUUAUGAAUAGCUGCACACUAUUGUCACAUGUUUAUUGAUUGAAUUAAUGAAUGUUAUUAAAGAGACCAUUAUUCAUA